AAAAAAAGCAAUUAAAAAAAUUAUAGAAUCUAUUGAAUAUCACCAAAAUAUCCUCCUUUUAUUUAUUCCCCACUAUAUAUAAUCAUCGAUUGAAAAUUUUCAUGGAUUCCAUUAGCGCAAAGAAGGUUCAAGCAAUGAAGAAAUAUAGGAAAACCCAGUUUUUAAGUCAUAAUUUUCUUCAUUUUGUGGCUGUUUUUGGGAUUUUAAUUCUUAGUUCAUUUUGGUCCAUUAAUCCUUCUUUAUGUUCAUCAAUGAAGCAAUUUGCUAUGAUCUCUCUUCCAUGUAUUUGGUCUUCUUUUUUCAACCCUAAAUGUUUGUUUAUUGUGGUUAAUGUCAUUGUUGUAUUCCUUGUUGGAGAAUCCGGGCUCGUUGGUUCAAAAGUUUCUCCAGUUCGUGAUGUUUAUGAUGAGUAUGUCGAGAGGAAUCGAAGGGUUAGGGGUGUCUUAGUCACGACGACAGUGCCUCGAGAGGUGGGAGAUUAUAAGGCAAUGGAUUCCGAAGAAGGAAAGGGAGGAUUUGAUCAAACUGAUGAAGAAGAAGAAGAAGAAAAAGGGUUGUUCGAAGUGAAAGAAGUGAUAACAUCGGAAGCCGAGUCCGGAGAGGAAGAACAAACACGUGAAGUUGAAGAAGAAGAAGGGUCGUUCGAAGUGAAAGACAUCAUAACAUCGAAGGUCGACCCCUUGGAAGAGGAACGAACAUGUGAAAUUAAAGAAGAAAAAGGGUUGAUCGAAGUGCAAGAAACGAAAACAUGGAACGUCGAACAUGGAAGGUCGAUUGUUAAAGAUCAUCAAGAGAUUGAAUUGGCGGAAUUUAAUAAAAGAGUUGAAGAGUUCAUUGCUAGAGUUAAUAAACAAAGGUGGAUGGAAGCUCAAUUAUUAGUGUCUUGUAAGGUAUAAUUAUUACUAGAUUAGGCCACACACGAGAUUAUGAUAUAAGUAGGAAAAAUAAGUAAAAAGUUAUUAGAAAUUAAAUGGGUUUCUGUUAAAAUGAUAAAAUCCGAGUUUCAAGACUAUAAUAUAUUAGGUUAAGUUUAAAAAAUGAAAUUUUAAUCAUUUUUCAAUUGAGUUGUUGAUGAAAUAAUAAAUUAUUAUUUUCUAUAUUAACUGCAUGUAGAAAUUAUCUUCAUAUGAUUUAAGAAAGUUGAUCAUGUAAACUUAGUUGUUUAUUUUAAUUUCACAAUGUUUUUUAUUUAAA